UGAUGCGUCAUCAAGUUGUAAACCAAUUCUUUAUGCCCAUUUUGAGUCUCAACUUCGUUCUUAUCACGGCGAGGCAGCUCUUAUGAGUGUGAAUCCUGCUAGUCAAUAUGAAUUUGAGGUGGUGGACAGAACAUCUAGAAGCUUCGUUGUUAAUUUGAAAAACAAGACAUGCUCAUGUUGUGAAUUUCAACUUGAUCACUUUAUAUGUGUACAUGGAGUUGCAGUUGUAGGCCAUCAUCGAGGUUUAUCGUGUUACGAUUACAUCUCAAAGUUUUACUUCACACGGGAGUGGGUUGCUGCUUAUAUAGGGGAAGUUCACCCUCUUGGUUCUCGUUGUGAUUGGGGUGUUCCUGCUUAUGUGGCGUAUGAAAUCUGCAGGCCACCUACAUGCUUGACACGCCAACCCGAUAGACCUAAAAAG